CAAGCCUUAAAUCAAGACAGUCAAAUACAAGCCUUAAAGCAAGGCAGUUGAAUAAAAGCCCUAAAACAAGGCAGGUUACAGAGAAACCAGAAUUAGUUUAAAACAUUCUAGAAGCUUCAACCAUUUUGUUUUCAAUUAUUUUGUAAAAAUGAAACUUAUUUUGAUUCUGGUAGGAGUGUCUACUCUAUCUGGAGCAAAUGCAAACUUCGUAAAAACGAACUCUCCUCCUAUCUCUAUUAGCAAUGGGCAUAUACCUAUUAAACACAGGGCCACGCCUGGAGCCAUGAACCACAUCGAGCCCACAGAUACUAGAACUAAACGAGCCGCAACACAGUCCUAUUCUGUGAUUACACGUUCAUCACCAACGAAAUACAGACGAGAAGCGCUACAAGGAUUCAGAAUGCGCCGGGAAGCGCAACAUAAUGCCGCUGCUGGUAUCUCCCACCGCCCAAACCUGUACAACUCUAGGACUUACUAUGGAGGAUAUGAGAACUCCAGAAACGGACGGCCUCAGGAGCCCAGAUACCUGGAUUCAUUUGAGGACAUGAAUCAGGUUGAGAACUUUCAAAUAUCUGAAGAAGAGAUGGCUUUUUGGUCUGUAGAUUCAACCUCAACAUCGUAGGAAAUUAGAAAAUUAACCUUUCUUCACUGUCAACAAAAGUGUAAUUUAAUGUUCAUCAGUAAAGUUGUUUCACGAAAAAUUUGGUUUUCAGAUAAUUAUUUAAAGAUUAGAGCUAUGAUUUAAAAUUGUGCUGCCUUUGUAUAGAACAAUUUGACCUCAUUGAGGUUUUAAGCCUCUGUUUACUGUUUCACAUUGAAACGUAUUUUUAAAUCAUAUUCAUUAUUGAUAUAUAAAAUGACUGAGAAAUAUAUGUAUAUCAAAUUUUUA